GAUGGGGCCGGGUCUUCCCGUCCAGCUGUAGUUUACAAAGGGGGCGGCGGUCCGCUUUUGCCUCCGCCUCCGCAGCGGGCUCCAUGCGGGGCGGGGUGGCAGAGGAGGGGCGGGAGGAGUGCCUUCCCGGAGGCAAGUCUCUGGAGCCGGCUCGGCAGGUUGGGACUUCGCCCCGUGCAGGGAACAAGAUGGCAGCCUCUUCGUUGUCGUGGUGCGGCGCUUCUGGAAGUCGGGUCCUGGCAGCCGGCCUCUUUCGCAGCCGCGUGGCCAUCGUAACCGGCGGGGGGACCGGCAUCGGCAAGGCCAUCGCCGCCGACUUGCUGCAGCUCGGUUGCAAUGUAGUCAUUGCCUCUCGCAAACUUGACAGAUUGACAGCUGCAGCGAAAGAGCUAGCUGCUGCAAAUCCAUCCACUGAUUCUGCCACAGUGACCCCAAUACAGUGUAACAUUCGCAAAGAGGAGGAGGUAGAUGCACUGGUGAAGUCGACAUUGGAUCUUCAUGGUAGAAUAGAUUUCUUGGUAAAUAAUGGAGGAGGCCAAUUCCCUAGCCCUGCAGAUCAAAUCACUUCGAAAGGAUGGCAUGCUGUGAUUGACACCAACCUGACCGGAACCUUCUAUUGUUGUAAAGCAGUGUACAAUGCUUGGAUGCGGGAUCACGGAGGCGCCAUUGUCAACAUUGUAGCUAAUAUGUCGAAAGGGUUUCCUGGAAUGUCGCAUUCGGGUGCAGCAAGAGCAGCAGUUGAUAACCUGACUAAAAGCUUUGCUGUUGAGUGGGCCCAGAGUGGAGUGAGAAUUAACUCCAUCGCCCCGGGAGUGAUCUUCUCAGAAACUGCUGCUGCACACUACACCAAUGGUGAACUCAUGUUUAAAAACUUCAUUUCAAAGAUUCCUGCAAAAAGACUAGGAGUUCCUGAAGAGGUGUCUUCUUUGGUAUGUUUCCUGCUGUCUCCUGGGGCCUCCUUUAUAACCGGAGAAACUGUGAAGGUUGAUGGUGGACAGAAUUUAUACUCAUGCCAAUGGGAAAUUUCAGAUCAUAACAGAUGGCCAAGUGCCCCAGAGGGUGAUAAUUCUAAAGCACUCACGAGGAUGCUUUCUGGAAAAUCUUUAUCAAAACUGUAAAAUAAAGUAUUGGAGUUGGACCCCUACCAUCCCCAUUACCAAGGGGAAUGUAGUCUUAAGAAACAUUAAAGCCUCAAAUGCAUCUCUAUACAACCUUGAGUUAAGUGUGCUUUUUCAUAAUGAUGCAAAGAGAGAACUCUCCAUCAAAUAAAUCUUCAAAGAAACAACCGGGGGUGGGGAGGAGGAAGUUGAUUUAAAUCAUAUAAGUUUAAAUCACAAUUUAAAUCAUAAUUUAAAUCACUAGUCAGAAAGACUUGAUUUAAUUCAUGGUUUUCUAGAUAAGACUCAUUCUUGCUGGAAUAAUUUUAAUAUUUACAAUCAGACGAUGGUUCCAUUUUCAGAAUAACUUUUCAAAUCAUUUUUACAGUUAUUUCAGAAAUUACUGAUUUGGUUAUACUGUUAGAAAUAUAUAGAUAAUUAUUGUGAGGUGAACUAUCUCAAGUGUGAUUCAGGCCACUAGACCUUGCACUUCUUUGCUUUUUAGAUAAAGGAGCUUUAUUAAAAUUUUCUCACAUUAGGUCUCUUUUAUGGUGUUCUGCCAUUAUGGAUUUUCUCCUCCAGGGAGAGAAUAAUAUGACAAACUUCAGGCUACACACAAAUAUCUUAAGACCUUUAGAGAAUUCUGCUCCAAAGGUUCCACUUUCAUUUGUACCUCUUGCCCCUCCCUCCUCAGAUCUAUUGCAGCCCAAACAAUCUUCUAUUCAUUCAACUGAGGUAAAGGAUUGAUUCUGGUUUCACAGAUUUGCAAAGAAAAGUGGAAUUAAUGUCUUUUUCUCAAUUUUGUAUGUUUACUUUGUAACAUUUUGGCUGUGAAGAAGAGACACGUCUCUGCAGGCACAAAUUCAGUUUUGAGAACUGUAACCAAGCAUCUUUUAUAAUAUCUUGUGGAAAGAAAAACUGACCAAAAUAAUCUUGCAGAACCGCUGGAAGGGCCAGACAGUGUGCAUGGAUUAAUGGAAUUCAUUUAUUUUAAAAAUCUAAUUUAAAUAAAAAACUGAUUGAAAUUAAAAAAA